GAGUCGGUGGAUUUCUUGAACAAGACGCUGAACGCCGAGAGCGUGCUCAUUUGCUUGCACGCCGUCGCUUCUGGUUUCCCUCGUGCGUUCUCGAAGUUGCUGGCACCGCAGGAGUUCACAGUCACGUUCCUGGAGCUGCUCAAGAUGUGUGUGCCGCCCUGCCCCUCGGCGAUCGAUGCGAAUCGUAUAGUGACCCAGUGGAUCAUCGACAAGCCAGGCAAGGACUUCCUCAACCGUCUCCUGACGCCCAUGGCCUCCAGCAAGGUGUUCAUGUUGCAGCCGCAGGUCCCGGAGCCCAAGAUCAAGAAGGCCAAGAGUGGACAGCAGGCGCCCCCGCCGUCGCCGCCCAAGGAGAUGUUCCCGCUCACGGUGGACGUGGUGAACUCCGACUCCACGCGGGACGUCACGUUCCUCGACGACGUCUGGGCGAUGUUGCGGCACGCGCAGUCGGUCGUCAAGUUCCACGGGCACGACGGCAAGCUCUCGCCUCAGGUGCACGACAGGCUCAUCUCGAAGGCCUGCUCGUCCGCGCUCGAGUUCGCGCUUGCUGGGCACAUUACAGUGCGCCGCAAGAAGGUAGAUGCUUGGAGCAAGGUUCGCUGCGUCUUGCGUGACAUGGUCAUCGCUGCUCACGAGUCUGGCGCGGUGGCCUUGGUGGCCAGCACUGGGGACCCGACUGCGGACAUGAUGGCGGCGCUCAUGGCGUCGACGGCAGCCGCCGACGACGCCACCGCCGCCGCUGCGGACGCGAAGGAGCGCGCUGGAGUAGCUGCCUUCCUGGCAGACGCUGGCAUUCAGGAGCGCCUGUCGGCCUUCAUCAAGGCCCAGCCGCUGCACUUGCCCGCGAGCAUGCACCCCGUGCACAUCGACCUGGCCAAGGCUGUGUGCGAGGGCGGCGGCAGCAACAACAUGACGCAGGCGAAGGACCUGCUCAGCAAGUUGUGGGUCAUCCUGAACGCCGCGAUCCCUCCUGCUUGGAUCGCCAUGGCCAUUGAUGCCGCCGACUGUCUCGUCAUCGACGGGUCUCUCCCGGACGGUCUCGACGAUGCGGGCGUCGCGCCAGAGAUCGUCCCUCUCAUCAGCCACGUGCGGGGCAAGUACGUGCAGUCGCUGAUGCUCAUGGCCGUGGGGCAGCUCGGCACGAACGUCAUCGACGUCGACGUGCCGAAGGCGAUGCAGUUCCUGGCGAACAGCGACGUGCUGAAUGUCGCUUGCGACCUAGAUGCCUGCAGCUCUUCGCGAGAGGCAUGGCAUGCCAACUGGCUGCACGUGUUGUCGGAGCUGGCCAAGGUGCAGAGCUCCGACCAGGCGCUGGCCGUCCUGAACGAGAGGCUCGGGGAGAUCACGCCAGGCGACGACGGAGCGGCCGGAGCCGCUGCCUCCAGCGCCGUUGGAGCGACGGCGAAGGCGAGGGCGAAGCCAAAGGCUGCCCCGGCCCCUGCCCCUGCGCCUGCGGCGCUGGCUCAGGCUGCUCAGGAAGAGCCGCCGCCGCCGCCCCCGGACUCGGAGACAUUGGCGACGCCGUGGCACAUGCCGUUCGACAACAUCUACGACCUGGCGUCUGGCAGCGUCAACAUGCGGGAGGCAGACGCGUUCUCUCGGGCCGCGGCCGCGGCCGCGCCUGUCGCCAGGGACAGCCGGGUCACCAUCGACGCCCUGUACCUCGUGCGCCUCCAGAAGGCCCUGGAGAAGUUGUUGUGGGAUCACGUCGACGCGCACGACUGGGGCGACAUCACCUUCCUGGACCUGGGCUCCAAGAGCCACAGCGAGCUUGCGGUGACCCGCGUGGUGGAGCAGCAGCUGAGGUUCGUCCUCGCUGGCACGGUGAGCACCAAGCACCAGCCGAAGUCCAUCCAGAUCGCGACGGUGCUCGGCAUCGACUUCUUCGUGAGCGGCUCCUCGCACAACAGCAUCCAGUCGGAAGCGCCGUUGCCUGGCUGGCUCGUGGGCACCUGCGCCAAGGCGAGCCAGGCGAACGUCGAGUUGACGUUCGAGACGUACGACCACAAGCUCGAUGCCUUGUCACUCUACCCCAUGACGGUAGACCCCGCCGCAGACCCCGCCCCUGCCCCAGGCACAUGCAUCAACGUGAAACUUAAGGUGCCAGUGAUCAAGCCGGUCGAGGGCGCCAUCGGCAACGUCUGCGAGGCAGGCAAGCCGUUCAUCCUGAAGAGGUUCGUGCCGCGGCCGAAGGCCGCUGCCGCCAAGAAGGGCGCUGCCGCCGCCGUGACCGUGCAGGAGGGGGGGCCCGACACGUCCAAGUGCAUGGGCCCGUCGGCUGUGAGCAUCGCCGCGCGGAUGCACCAGCUUGCCAAUGCUGAGGAUGCGCCAAUGAGCAUCGUCGCUAGGCAGCGCAGUGCCCCAGCAGCUUCGGCGAAGCACAUUCUUAAGUAA